CAUGCAGCUGGGAUUUGUCUGUGCUCUGCUUUCUCUCCUGGCAGGGAACAGCUGGGCAGACACCAGAGCCAUUGGGGCUCAGGAAUGCCACCCCAACUCGCAGCCCUGGCAGGCAGGCCUCUUCUUCCGCACGCACCUAUUCUGCGGGGCGACCCUCAUCAGUGACCGCUGGCUGCUCACAGCUGCCCACUGCUACAAGCCGUAUCUGUGGGUCCGCCUCGGGGAGCACCACCUCUGGAAAUGGGAGGGCCCAGAGCAGCUGUUGCGGGUCACGGACUUCUUCCCCCACCCUGGGUUCAACCAGGACCUUAGAGCCCAAGACCACAAUAACGACAUCAUGCUGAUCCGUCUGCCCAGGAAGGCACGCCUGGGUCCUGCCGUGCAGCCCCUCAACAUCAGCCAGACCUGCGUCUCCCCCGGCACCCAGUGCCUCAUCUCAGGCUGGGGGGCCGUGUCCAGCCCCAUAGUGGAGUACCCACUCACGCUGCAGUGUGCCAACAUCAGCAUCCUGGAGCCCAGACUCUGCCGGCGGGCAUAUCCCGGCCAAAUCUCCAAGCGCAUGCUCUGUGCCGGCCUGUGGGAGGGGGGCCGCGGCUCCUGUCAGGGCGACUCUGGGGGCCCCCUGGUUUGCCAUGGGACUCUGGCUGGUGUGGUGUCUGGGGGCUCAGAGCCCUGCUCCCGACCUCGGCACCCCGCCGUCUAUAGUAGCGUUUGCCACUACGUGCGCUGGAUCAGAAAGACGAUGGAGGAAUACUGAGCCCUCAUGCCUUGGAUGACGGGGGGCGGGGCACCGGGUAGGGAGGGGUCCAGCCUCCAUGGUCUCCACCCGUGCCCUCAGCUGUCCUGGAGAGAAGCCUUCUGGAUACUUAGGCUCCGCCCCCUGGGGAUGGAGCAGGAAGACACUUGUAGCCUCCUGAUUCCAGCUCUAAGAUGGCAGCAAGAACUACCACCUUGUGCAACAGCACCACCUGGUGACUCAACCCCAGGCUGGCAAUAGCCCCGCCCCUCGGAACUUUGCCCAAUGAGAGGUCUCCGCUGGACUCCAGCCCGUGUGGCCCCGCCUCCUCCUUUGUCAGAGUCCCCGCCCCCGUGACGUCAGGGGUGCUAUAGCUUUCCCCCAUUGGCGAGCAGGAAGGGUCUGGUCCCACCCCUUGCAGCCCUGCUUUGGGCGGGUCCUGGGUUUGAAUCCUGCCCUGGACCAUCUGGGUGAAGUCGAGGGGAGAGUCUGGGUUUCUUCAGAUCCAAUGGGUGGUUUUGCAAUAAAUGCAUGGAGCCCUUUCUGCUUUCUGCUUGGGUCGUGGGAUGGAGGAAGGGCAACGGACGGGCGGUGGAGCGCUGGUAGGGAACCGUCACCGCGUUAAAAUUUCCCCGGAGCCCUUCAUCGGUCCUGCCUGAAGUGUGUCCCCAUCAGCCCUAUUGCAGCAAGCCUCCUGGGUUCUGUCAGGCUGGUC